CCCCUAGCCUUCAUCAUUACCCUCAUUAGGUACGGCGGCGGCGGAGAACUGAAAAAAGAUUACGGAGAGGAGGAGUGUCGUGGAUUCGAUGGGAUCGUGCUCGGGACAAAGCGGUGGGAGCUACGAUCUCUUCUCCAAGAUCUUGUUGGUCAGCGAUUCCGGUGUCGGCAAAAGUAGUCUCCUGGUUAGCUUCAUUUCCAGUUCCGUUGAAGAUCUAGCCCCUACCAUUGAUCAAGCUGCUAACAGCAGGUGGAAAGAAAUUGAAGCUCACAAUUUGGGAAAUAGGUGCGUAGAGAUGGAGUUGGUGCUUGGUGGGGACUCUAGGAGGACUUGCAACCCUUGUGUGGAUGAGGUGGAGUGGUGGAGCAUGGAGCAGCAUGCUGCUGCUCCAUUGGCUGCUGCGGCAGUUUGAGAAUUGUUUGCCUCUACCGGUUUGACUUUGAAAUACACCUUCAGCUGCCAGUUGAUGAAAACCAAACAGUUGUCAGGGGUGGAUUUUAAGAUCAAGCUGCUAACAGUAGGUGGGGAGAAAUUGAAGCUCACAAUUUGGGAUACAGGUGCGUAGAGAUGAAGUUUGUGCUUGCUUAUGAUCUUUUAUGCUUUUCAUUCCAAAUUUGUCAUUUUAUAGUUCCAAUUUGUCUCAGUAGCCUAUUACUUCAUGUGUGGUCCUUAGUGCAAAACUUUUGAAAGACGCAAGAGGGGGAAAUACGUCCAGUAUGAAAAGUUGAACUGUUUUAUUGGAGUCAAUCAUCCGUUUACUUUAGAUUUUUCAAAUUGUGAAGGGAGCAUGCUUCUCCGACCUGUUUUUACCUUUGGCCUUUUCGGUAAUAGUCUUGGUUCCAAAAUUUUAUGUUGGCAUGGGAAUAAGUGGUGUCUGAAAUCAUAUUGCUUCUUGCAGCUGGACAGGAAAGGUUCAGGACAUUAACAAUCUCUUACUAUGGAGGUGCCCAAGGGAUCAUUGUUGGAGUCUGAGAGGGUUGUUAGCAGAGAAGAAGGAAUUGCCCUUGCCAAAGAACUUGGGUGUUUGUUAGUGAAUGUAGUGCUAAAACUAGAGAAAACAUGGAAUGAUGCUUUGAGGAGCUUGCACUGAAGAUAAUGGAGGUCCCCUAGUCUUUUGGAAGAAGGAUCUGAUGUAAAGAGGAGCAUUUUAAAGCAGAAACCAGAAAAUCAGGCUCCUUCAAGUGGUGGUUGCUGCUCUAUCAAUAUUUUUUCUGGUCUCUAGAUCAAGAUCGUGCCAAGAAAGCAUGACUUACUUUCAUUCCUUUGGCAACUAGAACGCGAACAACUUGUGUACAUUAUAAUCUCUAUCAAUAUUUUUUA